AGCAGCAGCGGCGGCGGCGGCGGCGGCGGCGGCGGAGGCGCCCGGUCCCGGCCGCGCGAAGGGGACAUGUGCAGGCUGGGCUAGGAGCCGCCGCCUCCCCCCCCGCCCAGCGAUGUAUUCAGCGCCCUCCGCCUGCACUUGCCUGUGUUUACACUUCCUGCUGCUGUGCUUCCAGGUACAGGUGCUGGUGGCCGAGGAGAACGUGGACUUCCGCAUCCACGUGGAGAACCAGACGCGGGCUCGGGACGAUGUGAGCCGUAAGCAGCUGCGGCUGUACCAGCUCUACAGCCGGACCAGCGGGAAACACAUUCAGGUCCUGGGCCGUAGGAUCAGCGCCCGCGGUGAGGACGGGGACAAGUAUGCCCAGCUCCUAGUGGAGACAGAUACCUUCGGUAGUCAAGUCCGGAUCAAGGGCAAGGAGACGGAAUUCUACCUGUGUAUGAACCGGAAAGGCAAGCUUGUGGGGAAGCCCGAUGGCACCAGCAAAGAGUGUGUGUUCAUCGAGAAGGUCCUGGAGAACAACUACACAGCCCUGAUGUCGGCCAAGUACUCUGGCUGGUACGUGGGCUUCACCAAGAAGGGGCGGCCACGGAAGGGCCCCAAGACCCGGGAGAACCAGCAGGACGUCCACUUCAUGAAGCGCUACCCCAAGGGACAGGCAGAGCUGCAGAAGCCCUUCAAGUACACCACAGUGACCAAGCGGUCCCGGCGGAUCCGCCCCACACACCCCGGCUAGGCUGGCCCCGCUGUGGCCCCGCCAGGCUUCCCCAGCCCACACUCACACUCACAGAGAACUGCAAUCAGAGGAAUAUUUUUACAUGAAAAAUAAGGAAGAAUUUCUAUUUUUGUAUAUUGUGUUUAAAAGAAGACAAAAAACUGAACCAAAAUUCUUGGGGGAGGGGAGCGAUGAGGAUUUUAUUGUUGACUUGAAACUCCCUAUGACAGAAGACUCACACCAAGGGACUGUUGUCAACACACAGGUGCUUGUGUCUCUCUAGGAACAGACACCUCUAAACUUGUCCCCAGAGGAGGACUUGAAUGAGGAAAACGACACUCUGAGAAACCAAAGUCCUUUUUCCCAAAGGUUCUGAAAGCAAAAAAAAAAAAAAA